CGCGUGCGCGCGCCGUGCCGGCCGUCGCCGCGGUGACCGUCCUCGGAGUCCGUCGGCUCGCGCCCCGCCCCCGUUCCUGCUGCCCCCUCCCCUGUCGCUGGCGGGGAGUGUUUCUCGCUCCUCACGGUUGCUGCCGCCGUCGCCGCCGCUCCUCCUCUCCCGGUCUUGGGUUUCCCUGGCGCUGCUGCCGCCACUGCCUCUGCGGUCUGUAUGAGGAGGAGGAGGAUGUGAAGAUGGCGGAGCUGCAGAUGCUGCUGGAGGAGGAAAUCCCGGGGGGCCGCCGGGCCCUCUUCGACAGUUACACGAAUCUGGAACGGGUGGCCGAUUACUGCGAGAACAACUACAUCCAGUCAGCAGAUAAGCAGCGAGCCCUGGAAGAAACCAAAGCCUACACCACCCAGUCCUUAGCAAGUGUUGCCUAUCUGAUAAAUACCUUGGCCAACAAUGUCCUGCAGAUGCUGGAUAUCCAGGCGUCCCAGCUUCGAAGGAUGGAGUCUUCAAUCAAUCAUAUUUCACAAACCGUUGAUAUUCAUAAAGAGAAAGUUGCAAGAAGAGAAAUUGGUAUUUUGACUACCAAUAAAAACACUUCAAGGACACAUAAGAUUAUUGCUCCAGCCAACCUUGAACGACCAGUUCGUUAUAUUAGAAAACCUAUUGACUAUACAAUUCUAGAUGAUAUUGGACAUGGAGUAAAGGUGAGUACCCAGAACAUGAAGAUGGGUGGGCUCCCGCGUACAACACCUCCAACUCAGAAACCCCCCAGUCCCCCUAUGUCAGGGAAAGGGACGCUUGGGCGGCACUCCCCCUAUCGCACACUGGAGCCAGUGCGCCCUCCAGUGGUACCAAAUGAUUACGUACCUAGCCCAGCCCGUACUAUGGCUCCCUCGCAGCAGAGCCCUGUGAGGACAGCUUCUGUGAAUCAAAGAAAUCGAACUUACAGCAGCAGCGGGAGUAGCGGAGGAAGCCACCCUAGUAGUCGGAGCAGCAGUCGGGAGAACAGUGGAAGUGGGAGUGUGGGGGUCCCCAUUGCUGUUCCUACUCCUUCUCCUCCCAGUGUCUUUCCAGGUCAUCCUGUUCAGUUCUACAGCAUGAAUAGACCUGCCACUCGCCAUACUCCCCCAACAAUAGGGGGCUCUUUGCCCUAUAGGCGCCCUCCUUCCAUAACUUCACAAACAAGCCUUCAGAAUCAGAUGAACGGAGGACCUUUUUAUAGCCAGAACCCAGUAUCUCUUGCUCCUCCUCCUCCCUCCAUCCUACAGGUAACUCCUCAGUUACCUUUAAUGGGAUUUGUGGCCAGAGUCCAAGAAAAUAUUUCAGAUGCACCACCUCCACCACCACCUGUGGAAGAACCAGUCUUUGAUGAAUCCCCACCACCACCUCCUCCUCCAGAAGAUUACGAAGAGGAAGAGGCAGCCGUGGUUGAGUAUAGUGAUCCUUAUGCUGAAGAGGACCCACCAUGGGCUCCAAGGUCUUACUUGGAAAAGGUUGUGGCAAUUUAUGAUUAUACAAAAGACAAGGAAGAUGAGCUGUCCUUUCAGGAAGGAGCCAUUAUUUAUGUCAUCAAGAAGAAUGACGAUGAUUCAGUGGAGUUUGGAAGGCAGAUGGCUUUAAUCAUCUCUUCUCUAAUCAGUAUAAGAAAUAUUGAAAAAAGAUCCAGGAGGCCUUGCUGCUCAGCAGGUGAAUACUGUGAUGAUAAACCAGCUCACGGGCCAAAGCUACCAUGGGUCCUUUCCAGUCCCAGCGACUUGGCCAGAAGAGACCUUUGCCAGGUGACUUCCCAGUGCUGGGGGAAAGUGCCCACAGCUCACACCUACAGAAGCCCAGAAGACAGUUGUGCAAAAGGAGUUGGUGGUGGUCAGCUUGCUUGUUGGACCCCUGCUGGAUUGGGGAACGGAGAAGACGUCAGUGAAGUCCUUCAGACUGAAGACCUGCCGCAGAGGGAUCCAUGGGUCAGCUGAUUUUUCCUUUAUUUUUUAGUACUAACGUGUGUGAUUUUUUUGUUUUAAAAAUAACACCUGUUGGAUUUUCUGCAUAUUUUAAAUUUUUGUAUAGUUUUGAAUUCUAUAUAUCGUUUUGGAAGGAUACUGUGUAAUGAUGGGCCAGGCCUAAAGUCACUGGAGACUUUUAAUGUAUGUAACAUUUCAUAGAUUGCAUGCUAUUAAUAGUAUGUGAGGGUAGUAUUUGUUUUAUUCUAAGUUUCCCCCAUUUAUCUUUUUAUACACUACAAGAUGGUUGGUAGUAGGAAUUCUAAAUGAGUGCAGAAAUCUUACAUGCUACAUAAUAUUGUGGCAAAGAUGAUCCAAGUCUAAAAUCUGCUGACCAGUAAGCAACCAUUUUAUCAGGCUAGAGGGAAUCUUUUUCCUCUUGAAGUGUUUCUGACUUGUGUCCACAACCUUUUUCCUUAAAAAAAAAAAGGGGCGGGGGUUAAGAGUUUGUUCCCUUUUUUAAAGUAUUACUAUUUGAAAGGCCAUAGGGAUGUAAAUGAAAAUAUACUUCCUUGUUGACAUCAUGGCCUAGGCAAUAAAUUGAAAACCAAAAGUGUCAAUGUGUCAAAAUCUAGACUUGAGAGAUUCAGCCUUCUGUGUUUGAAAUACAUAUGAAACCUUUAAGAUGUCUUGUUCAGUGUUUCCCAUCUUUUGGCUACUUGCUUUCUACCUUCUCCAGGGGCACGUGCUGUUCCUACAGUAGGGUUAAGGGCCUGCUACUCUUGCUGCAUUCCUAAGAGUCACUGGGUGAGACAUUUUCAUCCCUCCCUUUCUUUUUCCCCUCCUGCCGCUGUUUAUUACCCAGCUAGAGAGACUGUUUUAUGUGUCUUCACAGUGGUCUCUGUAAUGUAGCUGUGCUCCUCAGCAGUCUCUUGAUAUUACUGAAGAUUUUUCUGUUUGAGAGGCAUCAAAAUGAUAGUAGUUUGCUUUUAUCCUAUAUGCUCAUUUGCUUUUAGCAGGUGUCCUUUCUGCAUUAAGAACUGGUACUUUGGUACUUUCUUACCACCUUUUCUCCUCAGUGGAGACAGCAUGGCAUGUCCUGAAGGCCACCUCUCCCUUUGAAAAGUGUUUGAUGGAGGAACUGGCAGGUGGUCGCUACGUCUUGGAAAAGAAUGGGGAUCUGCAUCACUUCCCAUCUGUUCACUUCUGAACUUCUUUGGCCAGAAACUCCUGAUCAGUGUUACGGUGAUGAUUUCCCUCACAUGAUUUCCUUAGAGUCAUAGAAUUUUAGAGCUAGAUGAGAUUUCAGAAAUUUUAGUUCAAUCCCAUUUUACUGAUGAGGUUUAGAUGUUUCCUUUUCAAAUAACAGCUAGUUAACAAAGGUAGAAUUCCUGACUCAGCACCUGGUACUCUUUCUACAACUGUCUUAAUUGUGUUGUAUGUUUCUUUUAAAGUUCUACUGGAUGUCUUAAGGAAGAUACUUGAAAAGAUAUGCUAUGUCUCCAUAAAUACCAUUCAGAGUGUUGUUUAAAGGAGUGUAUUGAGUGUAGCCUUAAUUAGUGAAAGUAAUCUUCAUUUUAACCCUUUUAAAACUACACUCAGAACAAAUGGUCUUUUCCAUAAGGUGUAUGUAGCUAAAAUGUUACAGUGUCUCGGCACUGGAAAGAGCACAGCACAGCCUUAUUUGAGAGAGCCUUAGAAAACACUUCUAAAACAGGCAUUGCGCUCAUUACCUUAUGUUUAUUUUAUGCUGAUCUUCGUUCCUAUUUCUUGAGAAUCUCAUAAUUCUUUAAAAAAAAAAAUUGACAAAUGACAGGGCCUAGCUGUGUAUAAAUGAUCCUUGCUAAAUAUCUUGAGGUUUUUUGUAAAAAAUCAAACAAAAGACAAAAAGCUUAUUUUCACAUUAAAAUGGAAACGUCUUUUGCAACUUCAGAAUUCUAUGGAAACACAGUUUUUAUCAUAUUUGUGUCCAUGCAUCUUUCUUAACAAGAUGGUUUACAAAAAAGAAUGUAAACAAUUUGUGAUCUGGUCAGUUAUACUUUUAGCUCCCGGAGGGAGGGUUGGUGUUACGAGUUGAGUGAAAACCUGUGUAGGAAAAUUUGAGGGAGCAGUCUGUCGCCAGUAACGUUUCUUGUGCGUGCCAUUAAACCACCUCCAGAUGAGUUGCGGGAACACUCACUUUUUAAUUUUGAAAUUGUAUUUCAAGUUAAUUGUUGCUGUGUACUAAGAACUUGGCCUAAAUAAAAUCCUACAAAGUAUA